AUGGACUGCGACACAGCCCAUCGAGAAAGUGACUGGGUUCAGGCGGCGAGCUUCGAUCGCAUCUAUGUUCUCCAGGUGGGCGAGUUUGGUGUUACGCGUCAGCAGAAAUUAGACCUGCUGCAAAAGAUAUUUUGGCCUGCCUUAGCCCGUUGGGUUAUAUCAAGGCAGCAGAUUCUGCCUGGCGGCACUAUCCUCGGCGGCUGGUGGCGCGCGGACAUGCAGGGCAUGAUGGACUGGUAUCGCGAAUGCUUUCACAUGACAGCCCGCUGGGAAGACGCCAUCAUCGCACACACGGACGGCAUCUGGAGGAUAGCUCUGGAGACUUCACCCUGGCGAGACUGGCCCGAGUUUUUCCUCCUGCUGAAUGAACCCGUCGUAGACGGCAACGGUCAACCUGUGAGAGAUAGCACCGGUCGCAUCGUGUACCAGGACCGAGAUCCAACUACAGAUGGCAUGGAGGAUGCCUUCCUAGACCUGUGGGAGGCAAUAGCUAAUUCGCGACCCCUGGUGGGCUUCUCAAAUAACUUCACUUCCAAGGAUGGCGUCAUGCCACUUGGAUCACAAUCGCACGCGACAAAUUUGUGUGUAUGA